AUGGAAAACUCCACUUGCUUUGUAAACCUUUUAGCUAGCCAAGGGUGUGUUGAGCUUGACUCAUCGGAACCCCUUUGCUUUAACAGCCAAUGUUCCGAUGAGUCUACUGUCAAAGAGAGGAAGAAAUGGACACCAAAGGAGGAUAUAAUCCUCAUUGGUGCUUGGCUCAACACCAGCAAAGACCCUAUAGUCGGGAAUGAACAAAAAGCUGGUAAGUUCUGGCAGAGGAUUGUACAGUACUACAACUGCAGUCCUCAGCUGGUUGGGACAAUCCCAAGAGAACUUGGGCAAUGCAAGCAAAGAUGGGCUAGGAUCAAUGAUUUGGUGUGUAAAUUUUCGGGCUGCUACGAGAUGGCAUUGAGGGAGCAGAGGAGCGGGCAAAAUGACAACGAUGUGAUGAAGGCUGCUUUGGAUAUCUUCUACAAUGACCACGGCAGUAAGUUCAACUUGGAACAUGCGAGAGCGGUCGGGAGAAGCGCAAAGCAGUUGCUUCUGAUGCUCAAGGGUCAUUCGCGGAGCCAGAAGAAAGACCCAUAG